AUAAUACUCCACUCUUCUCCUUUUUUUGAUAUUCUUAUUCAGUACAGGACUUUAUUACCAGUGUUUUAAUGUCACGUCGCGAAAGACUCUUAACAAAAUGGAGCUAUCAAACAAACUCCGUUGGGACCAAUUCCUGAUUUUGGCAGCAGCACUUAUGUCACCUGCAUUAACGGUGCUGUGUAAUGAUAUCCUCAGCCUGAAGGUGGCAGGAGAUCCAGUGCUAACCCCCAACUCGGUGUGCCUGAGGCUGGCAGGCCUCAGUAAACGUCAGAUGCGGAUGUGUGUGCGGAGCCCCGAUGUCACGGCCUCCGCUCUGCAGGGCAUCCAGGUGGCCAUCCAUGAAUGCCAGCACCAGCUCCGUGACCAGCGCUGGAACUGCUCCUCUCUGGAGGGCCUUGGGAAGCUUCCGCACCACAACACCAUCCUCAACAGGGGUUUCCGCGAGAGUGCCUUCUCUCUGGCCUUGUUGGCAGCGGGUGUGGCUCACUCUGUGGCCUCGGCCUGCAGCAUGGGCAAGCUGCGGGGGUGUGGCUGCGAGGCCAAGCGUCGCCAGGACGAUGACAAGAUCCGGCUGAAACUCACACAGCUGCAGCUGCAGACCCUGCAGAAGGGUGGAGUAGGCCUCGGCAUGACACGGUCAUUACCCUCAGGGCUGAACGGUCACCAUGGCGACCUGCCCGCUAACCUGCGCUCCACCCACCCCUCCGCCCUGCUCAAGCCUUUACCAGAUGAGCUGAGCUCCAUGCAGGAGACGUGGGAGUGGGGGGGCUGCAGUCAUGACGUCCGUUUUGGUGACCGUUUUUCCAGGGACUGGCUCGACUCCCGUGGGUCUCCAAGAGACAUCCACGCUCGCAUGAGGAUACAUAACAACCGGGUGGGACGACAGAUAGUGACUGACAACAUGAAGAGGAAGUGCAAAUGUCAUGGCACAUCAGGGAGCUGUCAGUUCAAGACCUGCUGGCAUGUGUCUCCAGAGUUCCGGCUUGUGGGUUCUCUACUCAAGGACAAGUUCCUGUCAGCCAUCUUUGUCAACUCCCAGAACAAGAACAAUGGGGUUUUUAACCCUCGAACUGGAAACGGUGCCAGCGGGAGUACAGGGGGACUCAACGGAGGUCGCCGCCGAUCCAUGUCUAGAGAGCUGGUGUACUUUGAGAAGUCUCCUGAUUUCUGUGAGCGCGAUGCAUCAGUAGACUCUCCGGGUACACAAGGACGCAUCUGCAACAAAACCAGCUACAGCACAGACAGCUGCGGCUCGCUGUGCUGCGGCCGUGGACACAACAUCCUGAAACAGACACGCAGCGAGCGCUGCAAUUGUAGGUUCCACUGGUGUUGCUACGUGCUGUGUGAGGAGUGCCGUCUCACGGAGUGGGUCAAUGUGUGCAAGUAGAUUCUCCCAGUCCCAGUUGCCUUUACUCAUCCAGGACUCAAGAUGGCGAGCCUGUCCCUUCGCCCACUCCUUUUGUUCAAGCAUUUGUUUUGCUCCUUGUGUAACUCUCCCAGAGAAUCUGUUUACCCCCCCUCUCUCCUAUUUUUUUUUUGGUCCAUCAUCUGGGAUCUAUUUUCUCUUUGUAGCCGCUGUUAUUCUCAAAAUGCCAAGUCAGAGAUUGAAGAGGUGACUCAUGUCAUUUGUCUUGCCAUGGCCUGUUUAGACGCUGCCCUCUCAGCCAUGAAAACAGCCUAUACCCCAUCUUCUCUAUCCCACAAAACAAAGAGGAGCAACAGCAGAGAAGCUUUCCUGUUACACUGUCUACAUGCUGACUCAUCUCAUUGUACAGUAGUUGUGUAUUUUAAUGUGUACAUGUAUAUUUGUAAAUGUAUUAUUAUUAAUAUUAUUAUUGUGUCAGAGCCUGUCUUUUUGGUUCUAGUUACUGACAGAUUCGUGCUGGCUGAGUAGCUCAGGAUGGUGAACCAGUGCUGUUAGACAACUAAGUCUCAUCGCAGCUUAUCUUUCAUUUAACCUUGCUCUUCUAAUGAUAGAAGAUAUUUACUCCAUUUGUAUAUUUUGCACCUGUGACUCAGACAGAGCAACGGUACUUAUAUGGGGGUCAGUCAGAAAAUGUUUAUAGACAAUGGUUUUACUAUAGAAGAAGACAAGAUUAAGAGCAGUGUUUUGUGGUUUCUGAAGGACUGAUACAUCUGAUAGAAAGCUUUGUUUCCUAGAAACAACAGGACAGAAAGCACAUAAACUUAUCAACUUAUCAAAGCUUGUAUACUUGUAAAAGUCAAGAUGGGAAAGUUUUGGAAACAAAUUCAGACCUUCGAUUCCUUACGCUGAGCAACUAAUCAUUUUGAUUUAUUUACACCAUUGUAACAAUAUUGAUUACUUCAUGAGAGUGGUCGCGAGUGGUCGUGUUUUUCAUGAAUGUAACUGUGAUGUGAUGCGUGUCACUUUUCCUAUGAAACUGUGACUGAGCUCUUGUUUCCCUGUGCUUGCUUUUGUCCAUUUCAUCAGUUCGAGCUCUCGGUAGAUUCUUCCCACAUGUAGUACAUGUCAAAGUGAGAGAUGGACCUGCUUUAGUCUGAUGCUGAAGGGUGUGUGUAUGUUUGACUGUGUGUGUGUGUGUGUGUGUGUGUGUGUGUGUCUGUUGCUGUGUAAAUGGAGGUGGGGGGGCAAGUUCUACGCACUACAGAUUUGGGAGGUGAGAGCCUUUUUUAUGGCCACUUCAUGCUGAGAGAAGGACUUUUUAUGGCUGCAGGAUAUUGUUUCCUUAAAGUAUGACUUUUAUUACUGGAGAGGAGCAUCAAGAGAGCAGAGAGUGGGGGUGAUUAUACCAGUCUUUGCUGUGUGAGCAUCUGAGGGGAUCAUCUGUCCAGAGUUCAUAGCCGAGGAAGGGACUCACUAAACCACGUGGGACGCUAUGUCCCUGUUACCUGGGAGACAGACUACACAAACAUAAACACAGGCACAUAAACACAUGCAUGCGUUUAUGCGCAAAGACAUUCGCAUGUAGCAAUACUGGCACUGGUGCACAAUCAAAAACAUGCAUGCUGGUGCACACGUAUGAACUGUCAGACAGAACUCCUGGUGACCCGAGUGAUUUGCACUUUCAGUCUUGUUACACUGCAGAUUUAGCAAAACUCUCAUGUCAACACAUAUCUGAAUUUAUGACAGCAGCAUUCCUCGAUAUCUCAGAUGAUCCAAACUCCAUUUUCAGUCUGCCAUUUAGGAUUUAAUGCCAAUUAAGUCUUGUUUGUGUGGACUUUGGUAAAUAUCCCUGACUUCUGAGGAAUGGCGGUGCCAGUGGCUGAAUCGACUGUUCUGUCUGUUUGGUAUUUAGCACGGGAAUAAAACGGAGACAGCGACUGGUAUGGAAUGAUAAGGGACUGGAUUUCUGGUUUGCAUUUCUUCAUUCCUUUAUCAUUUCACCCUGGAGCUGCUACGAAAGGGAAUUUCCUGUCACUGUUUCUCCCAUGUGUGAGACAGAGGUUGGUGGACAGCCUGGGAUUGGUUUCUCUCCCCUCUCUGCUCUCCUUUCCUCUCUUUCUCUUUCUCCCCCUCAUCGCUGCAGACAUAGACACAUGCAUAGCAACACAUUGACUGCCCCCCGAGUAAUGAUAACCAGACUGGGCUGAAAUUAAAGAGAGGGAGCCAGAGAGAGGAAGUUAGGAGAGAUAAAAGUUACCCACUUUGAUUGACAGGAUGAUUAUAUGUAUAAAGUAAGGCGAUUUAGUGUGUUUAGUUGGAUAUAAAGAUAGGGAGAUAGAUCCUUGCUGUACGUUCAGCGGAGAUGCAGAAGCAAAGGACAAACGGGGUAUGGGAGAAGGGGGUGAAUAAAGUGUACUCUGUAUAAAUACAUGCCUCAAAACAUCUGCUUCUCAACUCCCCUUUCAUUUUUGAUGUGGGACAGGCAGAGAAGGAGAGCGGGAGAGAAAACACAAGGAGCCAGCUACCCAGAACAUCAAAGCCCCUGCCCUCAACGCGCAGGCCCUCAUUAGUUCAGCUAGCAGAACCAACGAGACUUGUGAUUGUGUUUGCUGGGGUGCACGCUGGCAGACACUUCAGAGGAAAGGCUCCUUUAAGUCAUAGCUCCCCACCCCACCUCUCCUGCCACCACCCGAGCCCGCUGUAACCCCCCUGUAACCCUCUCGAAACUCCCCGUGCACACAAACUCGGCAGGCUCCCCCACCAUCCACUCCACCCCGUAAUCUGGUCUGCAGCUGCAAACAUCUGCUCCCCUCUUUAUUCCUCUGCCUUCACCACUGAGUUGAUAAACACAUCUAUCACCGGACCACUGACUGACACACAACAGAGAGGAAGAGGGAGACAAAUGUUGGAUUCACCUAUAAGUGUGGGGCUGCUCUCAGGCAUGUUGUUUUUAUAUGGCUAAUGGGUUAAACCCACACCUGGAGGGAGGUUCCUUCCUAACUCCUACAUGUAUUGCCACCUGUAAAACCACAUAAAUGCACAGUAUCUCCUUUUGAUACACAUGAUACCAUAACAAAUCAGUAUUCAAGAUUAGUAAGCUGCUAUAAGAUUGAUUCUGUGUAUGUUUUGUUGCUUCCUAUCACCUUAUUAGAUGUGACACAGAGGCCUGCUGCCAGGAAGUAUCACUUGGCGUCCUAUUACAGUCAGCCAUUUACUUAUUCAUUAAGAUGAUUCCUGUUUUAAUUAUUCAAGCAUGUUUGCCUGCAGACUCUCUGUUACAAUUCAUAUUGGUUUAGUUGCUGUGAAAGCACACAGUCACAUUUAAACACACAAGCUGUGUCAAUUUGUCAGAUAGGAAACUGUGUGUGAAUAAAAGCUGGACACUAUUUGAUCUAGAAGACAUAAAUAAAUAAAAGGAAG